AUGAUGUUGGUAAAGGCCAUACUCGUCGUCUUCUUUGCGGAAAUCGAAUCUGGUUUAACUUCAUCAACAAAGGGAAAUGAAGAAACCAAGAUUCAGUUGCCCCCAGACUCUUACAUAAAUGCAACGGAUGCUGAGGGGUGUUGGUACCCGCAAAUAGUGGAUUAUAUUGAAGGACAAGGCCUUACGGUGACUCUGGAGCUCUUAGAUGAAGAGAACGUUAACAUUACGGUGGGAUCCUGUGACCAAGGAUGCUGCGCUCCUGCCAGUCCCCCUCAGCACCGGACUAUUACGCUAAUGAGCGCAGCGGAGGACGAAGAAGAACACAAGAAAAAGGACAAGAAGCAGAAGAAGAGCAAGAAGAACGAGAACAAGAACAAGAACAAGAACAAAAACAAAAACAACAAGAAUUCAUAGUAUAGUCAAAUACAAGUUAAGAAUGAGCCAGAAGCUCCGCCUCCAGCGCGAACCUUUUAUCUUCGGCACGUCCAGCCAACGCAUGCUGGAAUGCAACGAGCACGAGAUGGGCCCUAGGCUCAUCGAACCCAAAGUUUGAGCCGAAACUUCGCGCA